UGUGGGGCAUCUUCUUCUCUUGGGUUUGUUUGCGUUGUUGGAAAGCUUAGGUGGUUUUUGCGUCUCAUAAAAUCGAAUCGGAUAUAUAAGCAUUGAAAUUGGUUCCAUCACCGAAAGAAACGGAGGCAUUUCCAUUUCCCUAACCCAUUUGCAAAAUCCCAAAUACCCUCUCACCAACCACUAUGUUGCAGAGACCCAGACGUCGUUGCGAGGGCACAGCCAUGGGCGCUAUCGUCCUCGAUCUCCGACCCGGUCUUGGAAUCGGACCCUUCUCCCUCGGGAUGCCUAUAUGUGAAGCUUUUGCUCAGAUUGAACAACAGCCUAAUAUAUACGAUGUGGUGCAUGUAAAGUAUUUUGACGAGGAACCUCUAAAGUUGGACAUUGUCAUUAGCUUUCCGGAUCAUGGCUUCCAUCUUCGUUUUGAUCCAUGGUCUCAGAGACUGCGCCUUAUUGAAAUAUUUGAUGUAAAGCGACUUCAGAUGCGCUAUUCUACUUCUCUGAUUGGGGGACCUUCAACGUUGGCUACUUUUGUUGCUGUAUAUGCACUGUUUGGGCCCACGUAUCCUGGAACUUUUGAUAAGGAUAGAGGCAUUUACACCUUAUUCUAUCCGGGGCUUUCCUUUGCAUUUCCUAUUCCUAGUCAAUUUACAGACUGCUGCCAUGAUGGGGGAGUUGAAUUGCCAUUGGAGUUUCCAGACGGGACAACUCCUGUCACAUGCCGUGUCUCUAUAUAUGAUAGCUCCUCUGGUAAGAAGGUUGGCGUGGGUUCCUUGAUGGAUAAGGCUUCUGCUCCACCUCUACCUGCUGGCAGCAUAUACAUGGAAGAGGUCCAUGUUAAGCUGGGGGAAGAAUUGUACUUCACAGUUGGCUCGCAACAUAUUCCUUUUGGUGCAUCUCCACAGGAUGUGUGGACUGAGCUUGGACGUCCCUGUGGCAUUCAUCAAAAGCAGGUAGAUCAAAUGGUUAUUCAUUCUGCCUCAGAUCUUCGGCCACGAACAACUCUAUGUGGAGAUUACUUUUAUAAUUAUUUUACUCGUGGUCUUGACAUACUAUUUGAUGGACAGACUCACAAAAUCAAGAAGUUUGUGUUACACACCAACUACCCUGGACAUGCUGAUUUCAAUUCUUACAUUAAGUGCAACUUUGUUAUCUAUGGCUCAGAUUCUGUAGGGGGUUCUUUUCAGGAAGUAAAUAAUAGCAAACAGAGGGUUAUUACACCUAGAACCAAAUGGGAGCAAGUGAAGGAAAUACUUGGGGAUUGUGGGCGAGCUGCCAUACAAACACAGGGUUCUACAAGUAACCCCUUUGGUUCUACUCUUGUUUAUGGUUAUCAAAAUAUUGCCUUUGAGGUGAUGAAGAAUGGUUAUAUUGCAACAAUAACUCUCUUCCAAUCAUGAUGAUGCUACAUUUCUUUCAUUGCCCUUUUGGUUACUCUUAAUCUCUCCCUAUUGUUCAAAGAUUUCUAAAGCUUGGCUAGGGAAAUACGGGAGUAACAGGCUGGUUUGUCCGAUCACUGUAUAAAUAGUUCUGCCUUCCUGCCUUCCAUCAUCAUUAUCGUCGUAAGGGGUAAGGGGCCAUGCCAAUUGUACAGCUUUGUAACAAAUUGUACAUAUUAAUAUCCUGUUUUAUAAUGUUAUUUUCUAACUAUUUACUAUAUUAAAUUAAUGUAAUAUAUUUGUUUUGCUUUGCCUUUCAGUGUAAUCAGAUCCUCAAUUAUUUUUCAUGCUGUAUAUAUAAAUCGUUCUCUGAUUCGUAAAAA